AUGUCAAAUACUUGCGUUGCAAUCGACCCCGAUGGUGACACUCUAGUCAUCCUCGCAAUCAAGCAGGACCCUCAUCCUCCGUCUACAGAACCCUCCGACUCCGCCAACUCCACAGAACCGGCCGAACCCGCUGGCACCCCAGACUCCCCGGAAUUCAUCGAGAAACAUUUUCUCUGCUCCAAGAAGCAUCUGACACUUGCAUCGCGUCGUGCUUCUAAGCUGUUCUCAAGCGCCUUCAAAGAAGCCUCAAAACAAGACGAUGGUCUUUAUCAUUGGAACUUUGGGGAAGUUUUUGACGCUCAAGCCUUUGAGCUGGUCUUGAAGAUAAUACAUGGAAAAACCCGCGGACUUCCCCAGAAUGCUGAACUGGAUCUUCUAUCAAGAAUUGCUUCUAUUGUUGAUGAUCUAGAAUGCCAUGAUGCUCUUUCGUUCUUCACUGAGACAUGGCUUUCGUCAUACGGUUGGCUUUAUACACUCCCGCAAAGAAUGGAUAAAACACUAGCACAACUUAUUCUCGUUUCCUUUGUCUUUGCGAAUGAAAAUCUCUUCCAGAAGUGUACACAGAGAGCUGCUCGAUAUACCAGCGAGGGUAUGCCUACAUUUGAUCUACCAAUCCGUGCAGAUAUUCCUAGUCGUAUCGAAGAAAGCAGGACAGAAAUCUUGCAAUACCUAGUUGAUGGACUAUAUAAGGUUCAAGAUGACCUUCUUCACCGGAAGCUGGGAUGCAGUGAGGGUUGUAGAGCUAUGCUCCUAGGAUCUUUGCUACAAGUUAUGAGAGCAGUCAGUCUGUACCCACGACCCGAGUCUCCCUUUUACUCGCUCAGACUCGACUUGAUUAUCAGCUCUUUGCGCGAUAUGCAGUCAUCGAUGUAUUACAGCUCGGUAGCAGAAAGCCCUGCAGGGAAACAUCCGGGUACAUGGCUACUACAUGAUCAGCCAACGUCUCCACCUGCUACCCAAUUUAAUGCUGUUACUACUCAAUCAACUUCAAGCCUUUUUGGGUCUGGUUUCUCACAUUUCGUUACCUCCACUACAGCUCAAAAUACCUCUGAUCCACGUCCAGCUUUCGGUGGACUCUUCGGUAGGGGUGCCGCCUCUCGGAACGACACUACUCCUAGAGCUGCCUCUGGCGGGUUAUUCGACACUUCAACUACGACUCAAAGUACCCCUACUCCCAACGCGACUUCCAGCAGUGGAUUCGGUGGAAGCGCCGCCCCUCAACGCGAUAACCCUACUUCUAGAACAGCUUCUGGCGGAUCAUUCGGCGCUUCUACUGUGUCUCAGAGUACCCCUACAUUUGGCGGUGGAUUUGGUGCUGCUCCUGCGGCUCAAAACAACACUACCCCCAGGACAACCAGUGGAAUUUUUGGUGCAAAACCUCAGCCUACUUCAACUCUCGCAGCUCCUUCUGGAGGACUUUUUGGGGCAAGGACCGUGCCUCAAACUGACAAUGCUUCUCGCAGCGCAUCUCACUUGCCGGCUGAUAGUCUUUUUGGAAAUUCUGCUACUGCUGGCGCGUCUUCUACUCCUCAAACAAGCGAUCCGUCUAGUACAGCUUCUACAAAGAACGAAGAGGCGCCUAAGAAGAUUGUUCAACACAGCUGCUGUCUGAAAAGUUUCAUUGAUCCUUUGUUGCUUGUAGCGGAGAGUAAGAUUCAAGGGUUGAAUCUGGCUGACUUUCCUCAACCAUAG